CACAUGAAGGUUUUUCAAAAAUACAAUAAGGAAACCUGAAAGUCGCCAUCAUCCUUUUUUCUACGUACGACCCUGACAGGUGGAAAUCACGUGGCCGCUGCGACAAUCACGAGGCGGUCGAGCGAAGUCCUAUCGCGGGUCAUGCGCGGGGAAGGGGGGAGUGGGCAGCGCCACCUCGAUGUGCGACAGUGGCGGUCGCGGUUCGCGGUAGUGGGGAGGUCUGUCGCGUGAGCUAUUCCAUAUCUCCAUUCACUCUGAUUCACUCACAGGUCGCUGUUGCGAUCGGAUGUGUCGCGUGAUUCGUUGCGCUCGUGCUCGCGUUUCGCGUUUGUAUGCAGUUGCGCCUCGUUGAUGAGUGCGCGGUCGAGAGAGAAAGAGAGAGAGAGAGAGAGAGAGAAGUACACACACCACAGCACAUCCUACAUCCGGCGCGGGAUAUUUCCAUCCAGCAUCCAGUGAUACGUGAUCUAGCGGGGUCAGUGUAUGGUGCGUGGUGAUCUCCGCGAGGAAAUGUGUCGUCGUUGGCCGAUCGGCCAUUGAAAAGUACAAAACCGCUCUGCCAACCGCUGCGCCAUCCCGUUCGAACGCAAUUCUCUCUUACGUGGGAAAAGGAUCUACAUUUCAUCCACGAUCCACGGACGAAAUGACGGUCGCUGGAAAGAGAUACAUAGACUGCACAGUACUGGGUACGGGCAACAUGCCGGACACCGAGGACUCCUCGUACGACAGCGAUUACGAGGUCGAAGACUCGAUGACGACAAUGGCGACGACGACGAUGACGACAAUGACGACGACAGCAGCAACGCGGCAUCCACGCUCGGAAUCGCAGGUGUCUUCGGCACAUCAGGAUGUAUCUCGCACUACAUCUGAUACCCUGGCGGCCGAAUUCGCGGAGUACGUCACCAUUCAGGGACCGUCACCUACCCAGAGUCCAGGGUACACCGCUCGCGUGGAAUUCGCUCUUAAAUUGGGCUACACUGAAAAAUUGGUACAGGCAGCUCUACAAAAACUAGGCCCGGACCCGGGUCAGAACGAAUUGCUGGCUGAACUGAUCAAACUUGGGGCUACUUGCUUUCCAAGGUUUACCGAUGGUCCUGAUGAGGCGGACAGUCUGCUAGACAUUGAUGUGGCCACCGAUGAAGGAGGAUCGAUCCUUUCGACAACGGCGACGAAUACCGCGGCAACAAAUGCCAUCUCUUCGAUGGAUCUAAGGCCCGUUGUCAUCGACGGCAGCAACGUCGCUAUGAGUCACGGCAACAAAGAAGUGUUUUCCUGUCGUGGCAUCAAGAUCUGUGUCGAUUGGUUUCGCGCCAGAGGCCACAAAGAAAUCACCGUCUUCGUGCCCAAAUGGCGGAAGGAAGCCUCGAGACCUGACAAUCCUGUCGCCGACCAGGAAAUCUUGGGCGAGCUCGAGAAGGAUCGUUUAUUGGUCUUUACACCUUCCAGAUUGGUGGGUGGGAAGCGUAUGGUAUGCUACGACGAUCGAUACAUUCUAAAGCUGGCAGCAGAAGUCGAUGGCAUCGUCGUCAGCAAUGACAACUAUCGAGAUUUAGCACAAGAAAAUCCCGAGUUCAGAAAAGUUAUUGAGGAAAGAAUCCUCAUGUACAGUUUUGUAAAUGAUCGAUUCAUGCCACCGGACGACCCACUUGGCAGAAGUGGACCUACUCUGGAAAACUUCCUCAAAAUCACUCCCAAAAAAGUCGAUUCCGCACCUCCGUGUCCUUAUGCCAAGAAAUGUACAUAUGGUAACAAGUGUAAGUUUCGACAUCCCGAAAGAGGUCCACUCCCGCUUAAAUCUGUAACUGAGCGACUGGUGGAACACGCUCAACGUCACUUGCAGGCUCGUGGUCCGAGUUUGAGUUUGCCACUACCGUCCACAAAUACGCCCGUGUCUUUACAGCACCCGCCACUCUGUAAAACUAGAUCGGCCGUACCGCCGAAUGUCGUUCAAUCAUUAUCGUCUGUCCCGAAAAGCAGAUCGGUAGAGAACGUCACGUCUGAUUUAUCUGCAACUAGUCUCGCCAUUUACAGUCAGCAAAUGCCUUCUACACAAAAUUCUCAAGGUUAUUCAUCAACGAUGAACUGGACUGCGCCAAGAGUAAACAAUCCUGAGCCAGAACCGGUGAAUAUGCAUCGCAAGUUGCAACGACAGCUAACUCUGAAUCCAGCGUGUGAUCCACGACUUUAUCAAUUCAGACAAUAUCAUCAGCAACAACAGCAGCAACAACAACAAACUGGUCAGUCAUCGCAGCAACAAGCAAUCAUCAGUCCACCACAUUCCAUGCAACAUCGAUCAUUGGCAAGACAUGCCAGCAAUGAGUCAACGUAUCCAGCUAUGAGCUGGGACCACCCCGAUUGUUUUCAACAUCAUCACCAGCACGUAAUGCGUAUCGCUUCCGCACCUGAUUCUUAUAGAGCAUGGCCGCGGAGUACUCCUCUGGUGCCGCCGUCACGGGUACAAAGAUUAGGCACCUCUGAUCCCCAGCUGAAUCUCUUACCAUUGCCAUCAUCUACGAGCUUACACAUGCCUUGGGGCACGCAAACUCAGGACGUUCGACGACGUCUGCAUUAUCAUCUUGCUAACAUUUUUCCUGAAGAGCAGGUGCAGACUGUGAUGGCACUUCAUCCCCAUGAGACCGAUCCCCAACAGAUUUGCGCCACCAUCCUGGCAAUGUUUCCCAAGAAUCAGAAUUGAUGCAAUUGUGAAUUUUGCACAAAAAAAGUUUACGAGUUGAAACAUUGACUUAAGGAAACAGCUUCUAUGUAGCGUCCUCGUAUUUAUUUUUGUGGGUACAUCAUAUAUCAUAGAGGAACCUUCCAUGCAAAACAUUUAAAAUUACUGGUUACAAUUGAUCGAAUUGCUAUAGAUAUUUGUUUUUUGAGUGUUUAUGCUUUAUUCUCUCUUUUUCUUUUCUGAAAUCUUGGAAUUUUAAAAUUUUAAUGCGUUUUCGUCCUGCUAGCCGAAAUAAGCUAGUAUUUCGCGGAUCGAGAAAGCGAGAGAUUAAAAUUAACAACUCAACAUAAGAAUCUAAGAAAUGUCUUAAUUUUUUAGACGUCUUCUUAGAUUUUUGUAAUGUCUCGAAAUAAUUAAUGAGAGAAAAUCGGUCGUGCAUAUCGAGCGCGUAUUAGUUUAGGGCAUUACAACGCGAGCGUUUAUUGUUACAUUAUUCGGAGUUAUUUACGAAAAUAAGAGAAUAUAAGAGCAUGUAUUUUAAUCUGUCGAUU